CUGCACACACAGCAACCUCAUCUUUUAUACUAAUUUAUUUAUUUCUACACCUAUCAAAUUAAUUAUUCGUUUCUACAUUUAUUAUUUAUUAUAACGAACAUUAAACUACACACACCAAAUACAGAGGAUGGGCAACCAGGUAUCGUUCACGGUUGUGGAGAGCGAGCUGCAGCGCCAAAAAACUGGCGAGAUGUUAGAAUUAACGGUGGAUCCACGAGGCAAAUCAGAUGCAAUUCUGGUGGUCAUUUUUGGAUUUGUCUACUUGAUAAACUUAAUAGUCAUUGGGCUUUUACUGUGGAACAGGAACUACCCACCGCUCAAAUCCAAAGGCCCGGUCCUCAUGACUCUGAUGAUGCUAAUAUCUAUUAUUUGGUUUAUUGGCGAUCUCCAGGGCAACGGGCACCUACGUAUAGCGGGUACGGUUAUGACCAACUGCAAGGCUUUUGGAUUGUGGAUGCGGCUUUUGCUAGGUGCGUGCACGAUGUGUGUACUGACAGCAUUAAGGGCGUAUGGACUGUACCGCGUGUUUUUUUUGAACCUGCCAUACUACACCAUUGGACUCUACCUUCCUUUUUUACUCUACUAUGUGCUUUUACUUAUUUUUGGAAUUGUUGCUCAGGUGCUGAAUCCCACCCAGACAAUCCAGUACUUUGCGCCCCUUGAUAUCUGCGAGUAUAACGAGGCUUUCAAGACAUCGCUGUUUGUGUUCCUGUGGCUGACAUGGUCCGUCAUGGUGGGUGUUCUUUGGAAGAUCCGCAACAUCAGGAGUUCAUUUAACGAGGGCCGCGAAAUGCUGGUGUCGUGCAUAAUCAUUCUAAUUAUUCUUUUGUGCGCAACGACCAUGAACUACAUGCGCCCGCUGUAUCCAUUGAGCUUGUCUCUUCGUGUGGUGACGACCGUGUUGAAUCACUGUGCGACCAAUGCGCUCUGGUGGAUUAUUAUGAUGGUGCCCAUGUACAAUUGCAUUUUCAACCGGCAGCAGUAUCUCAGCCGGUGGAUUCAGAAGCUGCGCGAAGAUGGCCUGCAGAAUGAGUACGAUAUCGAUUCAAAUGUGGGCAAUGAAUUCAGUCAACCUUUUUUAACCUCGUACACUAUGCGCAACGCUAUGCCACACACAAACACAACUGGGAAAAGGGACAGCAGAGGAUUCUUUGUGAUGCAGGAUAGCGUUUUCAAGAGCAAGGAGGCCGAUUAUAGAUUGGGUGCAAGCCGCUCUUUUUCACAGUCAUCUGAGCGCCCAUUGUAUUCAAAUAGCAACACGGCAUAUGAGCAGGCCAGCCGACCGCUGGCUGCAAUGGGCCAUCGUGAAGAAAACCAUUCGAUGGAAGCAAGAUCAGACUCGCCUAUGUUCAACAGUUCAAAUAAGGGUUAGCCAAAAUGAAAGCCAAAUUUUUUAUAAUGGUAUAGCUUUUGUUCCGGUCAAUUUACAAUA